AGAGAUUUUAACCUGGUAUAAUACUAUGAAGAGAAAUAAUGAGAAACGGAUUCAAAUUCUUACAGCCAAAAUGGAAGCCUUGAGAGCUGAGGGGAAGGACAAGGACUGGGAAACAUGGUGCUCAACAAAACUUGAUCUGGACAAGGCAUACAGUGAGGAGGAACAAUUCUGGAGGGCUAAAUCUAGAGCUUUAUGGAUUCAAGCGGGUGAUAGAAAUACUCGGUUUUUUCAUGCGUUUACUGCACAGAGGAGAAAGAGAAACUCAAUAUUGAGACUGGUGGCUG